UCGGAUCCUUAGAGUUCCUGACUGAAGUUUCUGGAACAAUUGGUCCCUCUUCCAAAUAUUCCUCCGGUCUAAUAACUGAUGUUUCUGGAACAACUUAUUUCGCUCCCCAUAAAUCUUUUGAUGUUGUAACGUCUGUUACGUUUAUCACCAAUACUCGUCGGUACGGACCUUAUGGAGGAGGGGGAGGAAUUCCUUUCCGUAGUCCAGUGUUGCGCAGUGGCACCAUUGUUGGCUUCUUCGCACAUGCUGAAAAGGUGGUUGACGCAAUUGGUCUUUAUGUGAACCUUGAGAGGGAACCAACAAAAGAACAGGAUUCUGUUAUGAAAAUUGGACCGUGGGGUGGCGAUUCAGGGACACCUAACGAUGUGGAUGUGUUACCUCGACGUCUGAUAAGUGUGACAGUUCACAGUGGUAAGGCAAUCAAUUCACUCACAUUUACAUAUAGUGAUUGCAAUGGACAAGAACACACCACUGGUCCAUGGGGAAGGACGGUUGAGCCUCUAGACGGGAGUUCUCAUACGAUUCUUCUUGGCCAGUCUGAUUAUCUGAUGGAAAUUUCUGGAACAAUCGGUCCGAGCUCCGAAUAUUCAGAUGUUGUAACAUCGCUUUUCUUUGUCACGAAUACCGGUAGCUAUGGACCGUAUGGAAAAGGAGGGGGGACUCUUUUCCGCAGUCCUCGGCAGACCAACGGAAGCAUUGUUGGCUUCUUUAUCAGUGCUGAAGACAUGAUUUUCGCAAUUGGUAUCUAUUUUAACCCUCGGAGGGAGACAGUCCAAGAAGAUUUACCUGAUACUUCAAGCGACAGGGUGAAUAUAGAAUUUGAAUCUAAUGUCCUGGAGCAUAUGAUACUUGACGUGAACGUGGAGCCAAUAAAUGUGUCAUUAGCACUUUUACAGCACAUCACGGAAUAUUUCGCUGUCACCAGAGUAAUUGGCCAGGGUGGAUUCGGAGUCGUUUACAAGACCUGA